AACCCCGUCUUAGUUAGGGUGUCCUCAGUAGCAACUAUCGCCAUCAUAAUCUAAUCUAGGGUUUCAGAGUCUCACUCUCAUGGCAGAAGAAACCGCACCGGAACUCGUAGAUCCCAACACUCCCGCCGCCGCCACCACCACCACCGUAGACAUGGACGUCGAAAGCGGCGCCGAACCCGACCACAAGCGUGAGAGGGAGGAAGAGGGUUCCCACGACGACGUCGUUGCGAAGAAGCAGAAGGUGGACGAGGAAAAAUCGGUGGAAGAACAACGGUUGGAGAAGGUGGAAGGUGAAGGAGAAGAGCAAGAAGAAGAAGCAGAGAAGGAAGGUUCAGUUCCUGAUCCCAUCAAGUUGGGAUUCAAAAGCUUCGCGUCUUCCUCGGAGAUGUUCCAUUACUUCUUCAACUUUCUUCAUGCCUGGCCUCAAUCUAUCAAUGUUAACGAGUACGAACAUAUGAUGUUGUUGGAAUUGCUUAAGAAAGGGCAUGCAGAGGCUGAUAGGAAGAUUGGUGGAGGGAUUCGCGCUUUCCAAGUCCGCAAGCAUCCCGCCUUUAGUAGCAGGUGCUUUUUCCUAAUCAGGGAGGACGGCUCUACUGACGAUUUCAGCUUCCGAAAGUGUGUGGAUCAUAUUCUUCCCUUGCCAGAAGAUUUGCAUGUGAAAUCUGAGGCGAACAAGGCGCGAGGUGGCGGUGGAGGGGGAGGAAAGCAUCAUGGAGGAAAAGGGGGCAGAGGGAGGGGUGGGAGAGGUAGUGGGCGUGCUUAUGGGAGAGGAGGAAAGGGGAGAUAUUGAAUGCAGUAGUUACUGAUGGUCCGGGUUUUAUUUUGAGAUCUUAAAUGUUUUCUGUAUGUGGCUGGUGCAUGUCAUGUUUCCUGCAAGUAAUUUAUAAUUUAGAUUUUGACAUUUUGGUUGGCUAUAGCCUAUAAGUUAUGAAGUUUUUGGGCUAUAUACCACGACUCAGAAUUAUUUUUUUUUAAUGGCGGAAACUACGCAGCUGAAUGAGCAGUGGGUUUAGUUUGCUGGACUUGAUAAGAAA